CGGACCGGGGCGUCCCGCCUGCCAGUGACCGUGAUGGCGGCCCCGGCGGCGCGGCGGGCGAGCGGCCCCGCCGGCAGCGCCCGGCGCGGCGGAUGGUGAUGUGGUAAAUGUAGCCAAGCUCUUCUCUGCGUAGGAGACAUUCUCCCCUGAGGAGCAGUCCCCUUCUGCUGGACAUGCUCACAGAACUGCAGAGCCAUGGACCUCAAGGAGAAGUGUCAGGAUGAGAUGACCUCAAGUUUGGGCCUUACCACAAAGAAGGCCCUCACGAUCCUGAGAGACCAGUUGUCAGCACUGCUGGAGGGGCAUCAGAAGGAACGGAAAAAAGUGACUUCAUGGAAGGAGGUGUGGAGGAGCAGUUUUCUGUACCAUGGUAACCGCUGCUCCUGUUUCCACUGGCCUGGUGCAUCUCUGAUGCUGCUGGCAGUGCUGCUGCUGCUGUGCUGCUAUGGGAGCCAGCCACAGGGGAGCCAAGGUGCUGAGAUAGUCAAUGCAUUGGCACUCUUCCUCCUGCUCCUCUUGGAUCUCCUCAUGAUCGGGCGUCAGGAGAGGCUGAAGUGCAGAGAGGUGGAGAGGAGACUUCAGACAAUCGUUGAUAAGAUAAACGAUACACUUGGCAAAGAGGUGAAAUGGCCAGACUCCAUGUACCCUGACCUUCACAUGCCUUAUGCCCCAUCCUGGUCCCUUCACUGGGCCUACAGGGAUGGGCAUCUUGUCAACCUGCCCGUGAGCCUCUUGGUGGAAGGAGAUGUCGUUGCUUUGAGGCCAGGCCAGGAGUCAUUUGCUUCUCUGAGAGGGAUUAAGGAUGAUGAGCACAUAGUUCUGGAGCCAGGAGAUCUGUUUCCACCUUUCUCACCCCCACCCUCCCCAAGGGGAGAAGUGAAGAAGGGACCUCAGAACCCUCAGCUGUAUCGUCUCUUCCGUGUCUUGAAGACCCCAAUAAUUGAUAACGUCAGGUGGUGUCUGGAAAUGGCUUUGUCACGGCCUGUGACAGCCCUGGACAACGAGAGAUUCACUGUGCAGUCAGUGAUGCUGAAGUACGCUGUCCCCAUUGUGCUGGCUGGAUUCCUGAUCACCAACGCCGUGCGCUUCAUUUUCAAAGCUCCUGGAAUUGCUUCUUGGCAGUACACUCUUCUUCAGCUACAGGUGAAUGGUGUCUUACCCAUCCUUCCGUUGCUCUUUCCCGUCCUGUGGAUUCUUGCUACAGCCUUUGGAGAAGCCAGAGUCUUGGCCCAGAUGAGCAAGGCCUCAUCCAACUCACUGCUUGCUAAGUUUUCAGAGGACACUCUCAGCAGCUACACAGAGAUGGUAUCUUCUCAGGAAAUGAUACGCUGUAUCUGGAGUCACUUCCUCUGUGUUUUAAAAGGCAAAUCCCCAACUCUGAGCUUCACUUCCAGCUUGCUCCACAGUCUGGGAUCUGUCACUGUGCUCUGCUGUGUAGACAAGCAGGGGAUUCUUUCGUGGCCAAACCCCAGCCCAGAGACUGUUCUGUUCUUCAGUGGGAAGGUGGAACCACCUCAUGAUAGCCAUGAAGAUCUGACUGAUGAGCUCUCUACACGGUCCUUCUGCCAUCCUGAGAUGGAAGAUGAGCCCCAUGAAAGAGAUGCUUUGCUCUCUGGGCCCUUGGCAGACACAGUCCACAUGACCAAUGAACAAGAGAGGAACAACUGGUCUAGUGAUCCUCCAAAGCCUCCCGAUGGCCUUGCCCACCGAAAGCCAAACAGCAGAAGCAAACACCCCUCUGGAUCCAAUGUGAGCUUUAGCAAGGACACGGAGGGUGGAGAGGAGGAGCACACUCAGGUUGUUGGGGACAGCGAGGUGUUGGCUUGUGAGGCCGAAGACUUCGUGUGUGACUACCACCUGGAGAUGCUGAGCCUGUCCCAAGACCAGCAGAACCCCUCCUGCAUCCAGUUUGAUGACUCCAACUGGCACAUGCACCUGAAUUCCCUGAAGCCCCUGGGCCUGAACGUGCUGCUCAACCUCUGCAACGCCAGCGUGACAGAGCGGCUGUGCCGCUUCUCCGACCACCUCUGCAACAUCGCCCUCCAGGAAACACACAACGCUGUGCUGCCUGUCCACGUGCCCUGGGGCCUCUGUGAGCUUGCCAGGCUAAUAGGUUUCACACCGGGUGCUAAAGAUCUCUUCAAGCAGGAGAACUAUUUGGCCUUGUACCGCCUGCCAAGUGAUGAGAUGGUUAAGGAAACAAUCCUGGGGAAGCUUUCGUCCAUCACCAAGAGGAGACCCCCCUUGAGCCACAUGAUUAACCUGUUUGUGAAGGACACCACUACCAGCACUGAGCAGAUGUUUUCCCAUGGGACAGCUGACAUCAUCCUCGAGGCCUGCACAGACUUUUGGGAUGGCACAGAUAUCUACCCCCUCUCUGGCUCUGACAGGAAGAAGGUGUUGGAUUUCUACCAGCGAGCCUGCCUGUCAGGAUACUGCUCUGCCUUUGCAUACAAGCCAAUGCAUUGUGCCUUGUCCUCCCAGCUCAAUGGGAAGUGCAUAGAGCUGGUGCAGGUCCCGGGGCAGAGUGCUAUCUUCACGUGCUGUGACCUCCCUGGGACAACCCCCAUCAAACAGAGCAGCAGGAGGAAUAGCUGGAGCUCAGAUGAAGGGAUUGGGGAAGUGAUGGAGAAGGAAGACUGUAUCCAGGCUCUGAGUGGACAGAUCUUCAUGGGAAUGGUCUCAUCUCAGUAUCAGGCCCGUCUUGACAUUGUCCGCCUCAUUGAUGGACUGGUCAAUGCCUGCAUCCGUUUUGUCUACUUCUCUCUGGAGGAUGAGCUCAAAAGCAAGGUGUUUGCUGAGAAGAUGGGUCUGGAGACUGGCUGGAAUUGCCACAUAUCCUUAACACCCAACGGUGACGUGCCUGGCUCAGAAAUCCCUCCCUCCAGCCCCAGCCACGCUGGCUCCCUGCACGAUGACCUGCACCAGGUUUCUCGAGAUGACGUGGAGGGGCUUCUGCUCAUGGAAGAGGAAGGGCACUCGGAUCUCAUCAGCUUUCAGCCAACAGACAGUGAUAUCCCCAGCUUCCUGGAGGACUGUAACAGGGCCAAACUCCCUCGGGGGAUCCACCAGGUGAGACCUCACCUGCAGAACAUUGACAAUGUGCCUUUGCUGGUGCCUCUCUUCACAGACUGCACCCCAGAGACCAUGUGUGAGAUGAUCAAGAUCAUGCAGGAGUAUGGGGAGGUGACUUGCUGUCUGGGAAGCUCUGCCAACCUUCGGAACAGCUGCCUCUUCCUGCAAAGUGAUAUCAGUAUAGCACUGGACCCUCUCUACCCAUCUCGCUGCUCCUGGGAGACCUUUGGCUAUGCCACCAGCACCACCCUGACCAACGUCUCUGAUGAGCUCACCCCCCUGCAGCUCUCAGGGCAGCUCAACAGCCUGCCCUGCUCCAUGUCCUUCCGCCAAGAAGAGAGUACCAGCAUCAUCAGGCUGAUAGAGCAGGCCAGGCAUGCGACGUACGGGAUCCGCAAGUGCUUCCUCUUCCUGCUGCAGUGCCAGCUGACCUUGGUUGUCAUUCAGUUCCUCUCCUGCCUGGUGCAGCUGCCCCCCAUCCUCAGCACCACAGACAUCGUGUGGCUCUCCUGUUUCUGCUACCCACUGCUCAGUAUCUCGCUCCUGGGCAAGCCUCCUCACAGCUCUAUCAUGACCAUGGCAACAGGAAAAAACUUGACUUCCAUUCCCAAGAAGACUCAGCACUACUUCCUGUUCUGCUUCCUGCUGAAAUUCAGCCUGACCAUCUGCUCCUGCCUCAUCUGCUUUGGGUUCACACUGCAUGAGUCCUGCAAAGAGGUGAACACCACCAGCCUCAAUCUCACAGGCUGCUCCUCCAUCAUGCUGCACAGCAAUGCUGAUGGUGCUCCUGACUGGUUUGGGACGUUUUCCAACGCUCUUCUUGUAGCCCAGAAGCUCACAGCUGGCCUGAUUGUUUUACACACAGUGUUCAUAUCCAUCACCCACGUCCAUCGCACCAAACCCCUGUGGAAGAAGAGCCCCCUCUCCAACCGCUGGUGGACGCUCACUGUGGCUGUUGUAUUGCUGGGGCAAGUGGCACAGACUGUGCUGGACCUGAAACUCUGGGAAAACCUCAAUUCUUCUUUGACCUUUAACCAUGUUUCCAUCUCCCCGGUCUCAUGGCUCCUGGGUUUUCUUUCCUUGGUCCUUGUGGUUAUCAUCAAUGAGAUUGUCAAGCUGCAUGAAAUCAGGGUCCGGGUCCGUUACCAGAAGAGGCAGAAGCUGCAGUUUGAAACCAAGCUGGGGAUGAAUUCGCCAUUUUAAAUGCUCCCAGCUCACGUUCCCUGGAGCCAGGGCCAAACAGCCACAUCCUGCACUGGGAGAGAGGCUGCACCAAAGGCUCAGGAAGCUUUCCCUCACACAUGCAAACCAGACAGCCUCCUGGCAAAAGUACAUCAGCACCUUCCCGGGGCCCCAGGCAGGGAUCCCCCCCAGGUAUGCAGCCCCUCCCCAGCCUGCCAGGGUACACUCACAGGAGCCUGCAAGCUCUGGUGCCUCUUCAGGCUGCUCUUCCUUUAUUUAUUUAUUACUAGAGGUAUUUGUUAGUAUCAUGGUGAUGCUGAAAUGAAGCUACUCCUUUCCUCUGUGUGAGCAAAUGGGUUUCCUGGGCCUGGCAGGAGAAUCUGGGGCCUGCAGGGGAGAUGUAGGUCUGCUGAAGCAAGAGAUCUCUAUUGAAACCCGUUUUGUUUUCCCAUCUCUGCCUGCUCUCCCUGUGUGCAUGCCUGUGCAUGCCCUCACCCGCCUCCCUGUCCCUGUGUCCUGGGGCAAAGGAGCCAUCCCUCUUGCAGUUCCAGGAGUGCUGGGAGCCAGGUGGGGACUGGAGCUCCCAUUCCUGAGGGGACAAUGGGAAGGGUCUCUGGCAGGGCGCUGGGACAGCCAGGCUGGGCCAGGCCUGCCCUCUAGUGUUGUUGCUGUAUCCUUAUCCCGGCUGUUGAGUGCUUCAGAAGAGGGAUGAGACACGGCUUUAGGAAAAGCUGCCCCCGUUUGACUGUCUGAUCUGGUGCAGAGGGAAUCAGGAGGGCAGCUCUGCCUGCCUGCAGGGAGCCAGCAUGGCUCAGCUUCCUCCAGCCGUGUUGAACGAGCUUUUAUCUGCUUUAACAACCCCAGAGAGGUUUA